AUGGCUGAAUCCCUUACACAGGCUCCUGAACCGGCCUGCCCUCCAAGCCCGGCAUCCAGGUCUGUGAGUGGUCGUGCCUCGAGCUCUGCGACUCCAACUCCAAGUUCGAUACCGUUGUUUUUGAAACCCGACGAGCUCAAAGACGAGCGCAACCUUUCGUCCAUCGCGAACGCGGGACUCAACGUCACAUCCACACCCUUAGCUGAAAGGAAUAAACGACCCUCCCCGCCCACCACAAUGACGUCUGACGGUAAACGCGCAGAGGAGGAGCAGAAUCAGCGCCAGAGCAGCAAUCCUCUGUCCGCCAGAAGGACUCCGGAAAUAACGGUUGUGGACGAAGGCCGUGAAUCUACUCCUGUCCGCAGCAGACGGGCCUCGAAACCUGCCUCUAUAUUACAGGAACCACACUCCCGGAGGAGUCCGUCUAGCGUCCCGGAUAACUUUGGCAAUGGAGAGAAUCCGCCCACUCUCAUGAAUAGCUCCACCGUUGCCAGUCCCGGGCCGAUAGAAGAACCAAAUCCUCUAGAGGACAAACCCCAAGAACGAGACGAGAUGGAAGAAGGCGGCAACAAGUCUUUCUCAUAUCCGGUUCCCAUGCCCACUGCUGGCAGCCUGAAUGACCCCAGGCGCGGAAUGAGUCUCCCACACUCAGGACUGAACAAAUCCGGCGCCCGUUCUCCGUCUUCGAAGAAGCAUCGAUGUCCAUAUUGCGCUACCGAAUUCACUCGACACCACAAUCUAAAAAGCCACCUCCUAACCCACAGUCAAGAGAAGCCAUACGUUUGCCAAACAUGCCAGUCCCGGUUCAGACGACUACACGACCUAAAACGACACACAAAACUACAUACCGGCGAGAGACCACAUAUAUGCCUCAAAUGCGGUCGUCGGUUCGCCCGUGGAGAUGCUUUGGCUCGGCAUAACAAAGGGCCUGGCGGCUGUGCUGGUAGACGGUCCAGCAUGAGCAGCUUCGCUGGUGAAGACGAAUUUGGCGACAACAAUGCCGGGACUGGCCCAGUUGCAGAGGAUGCAAUGGAGGGACUCAUGUACACAGAGCCAGACCGAAUGGAUGAAGAGGAGGAGAUGCGCUUGAACCUUCCCUCUAUCAAGAAAGACGGUGGUUCAGACCAGUCCCAGCCCGGUUCCGCUCGUCACGUAUCCUUCCAACAAUCCCACCAGUCAAACACCUAUCCGCCUCUUGGUGUUUCUCGAUCACAACAGAACCCCAGUGCCGGCAGCAGCGGCGGCCUUUUCCCUCCAACCAGCAAUCACCAACGGUCGAAUUCGUCCACCUCUUCCAUCUCUCAGUCCCCCUCACACCUUUCGUUCCCGCCUGGCCCUUCCUCUCCCUCUAUGUUUGCACAAUCAGGCAUGACCGAAUCACCCAAGCCUCUCUCUCCAAACGGCGCCGCUUCACGACAACUUGGCCACGGCCCCGAAAACACUUUCCGCCAGACACACCCGUCCAACAUGCCCCAAUAUCAAUCUCAGAUGCGCAAUGGCUCAACAGGAUUAGGUAUACCCUUUUCUUCUGUUUCAUCACCCAGGGGAAGUCUAAGCCAUCCGGGCUCUCAAGCAGGCACUCCACACCUUCCACCUCCCCUAGGCCUCAACCCUUCCGACUCCCGCUUCACCCUUCAUUCUCAACAGCAGCAGCAGCAACAGGGGCCUCACCUCCCCAGUCGUGCUGGCUCCCACCCGCCUCUUCAGCACCCACAUCAUCCUUCAGCCCCAUCAUCUAGCAUCGACAGCAAUACCGCCCCGAGCUCGGGUACCGGUAGUGGGAAUAGCAGCUACACAAGUGCGCCGUCUAGUGAAGGCUUCAACCCUAAUGGGGCGUCAUAUUUCACCCAUUCGCCGCAUCAACGUGGAUCAAGCGAUCAACCCACACGGCAGUUAUCGAUUCCUAGUCCUAAUCCAAAUUUACCCUCAACGGACAGGAUAUGGGGAUAUAUGCGAGCGCUUGAAGAUAGGGUCAACGGACUGGAAAGCGAGGUUGUCAGGUUACGCGGCCAAUUGAGCAAUGUCGCAAGAAGCAGCGAGAACCCUCAGGAUAAAACCACCGGAAGCAGUGGGAAAGCCGAAACAUUACCUUCUAACCCUAAUAUUCUCCCCACUCCGGUGUCCACCGCCGCUGUCCCAACCAGCACCGCUACAAUCGUACAGACGACGGCCAGUGCGCUCCUGGUGGAGAAAAAGCGGCGAAGUCACCGAAUCCUAGCGGCCCCUAAUAUUGAUAUAUAUACCUACUCUGUAUAG